GUUCAGAAAAGCUCGUCAGUUACGGUGACAAAGGAUGAAGGUAGAGUGACGGACACUCACAGGUCACCUGACGGCCGUCACGCGGGGAUAAAAGACAGCGGACAAGUUGGGUUCAGAAAAGCCUUUGCGGCCCUCACGGUCCCCUCACCGGCGACCACCCGUUUGACUACUCAUUUUUGGAUACGAAAGUCGCCGAACUGUAGAGCAUGCUGUUUUGGCACAGCCAUCCUGAAACCUAUCAACAGCACGCGCAAAAUAAUUAUAUAAGAGAUGCUCUUGCUCCGUUUCUCAAGCAUGAAGAGGAGCAGCAGUCCACUGAGAUCAGAGCGUCUCCUUUUCAUUAUGUGCUUUGUGCAGCCACAUCUCCAGCAGUGAAACUUCAGGACGAAACACUCACAUAUCUAAAUCAAGGUCAGUCCUAUGAAAUCCAAAUGCUUAAUAGGAAACUGAUGGAGUAUACAGAAAUAAGCAGCAAAUAUGUAAAGAGCAUUGUGCGUGUCGUUUUCCAUGACCGACGGCUGCAGUACACAGAGCAUCAACAGCUGGAAGGAUGGAGGUGGAACCGACCAGGAGACAGGAUCUUGGAUAUAGAUAUCCCGCUGUCAGUGGGUAUAAUGGAGCCCCGAGCCCACCCACUGCAGCUCAACACCAUAGAGUUCCUUUGGGAUCCUGACAAAAAUGCCUCCGUGUUCAUUCAGGUAAACUGCAUUAGCACUGAGUUCACUCCUAGAAAACAUGGUGGAGAGAAGGGUGUCCCUUUCCGCAUUCAGAUAGACACCUUUGCAGCCAGCGAGCAUGGAGAAUACACUGAACACAUGCGCUCCGCCAGCUGCCAGGUCAAAGUGUUCAAGCCGAAAGGCGCUGAUCGCAAACUCAAGACUGACAGAGAGAAGAUUGACAAAAAGAGUCCUCAGGACAGAGAAAAAUAUCAACCAUCCUAUAAAACAACAGUGCUGACUGAGUGCUCCCCUUGGCCUGAAGCCCCAUCCGUCAGCAGCAACACACCAUCUCCUGGUUAUCACAGCGCUCACACUUCCUACAGCUUCCCAGAAGAAAACUGCUCUCCAGACCAGCAGGUGGAGCUACUUCUGCCAAGCUGCUCUGAUCACCUGUUGCCAUCGUCCUCCAUGCAGGACACGCAGCAGUGGCUCCAUCGUAAUAGAUUCUCCUCUUUCUGCAGGCUCUUCUCUGGCUUCUCAGGUUCCGAUCUGCUAAAAAUGAGUAGAGAAGACUUCAUUCAGAUCUGUGGUCCUGCUGACGGCAUCCGUCUUUUCAAUGCAAUCAAAGGAAGGUGCAUACAACCGCGUCUCACUGUCUAUGUAUCCCAGCUGCAGAACAGGAACCAACCGCACACCAAAGCAGCGGGUGAUGAUGUGUACCAUGCCCUCUACCUAGAGGACCUAACUGUCCUAGAGCUCACUGAGAAGAUAGCCAAUCUAUAUAAUGUUCCCUCACAGCAAAUCCAUCGUAUAUACAGACAGGGGCCGACGGGGAUCCAUGUCUUAGUUUCAGAUGAGAUGGUGCAGAACUUUACAGAGGAGACUAGCUUCAUUAUCAGCACUAUGAAAGAUGAAAGUAAUGAUGGCUACCAUGUUGUACUGAAGUGAUCCAAGUGUGUGACUACUGGAGCAUUACAGGUGCCUUUAGCUUAUUUUCACAAUAUCAGACUGUUUCUAAGUUAAAUAUCACCUGGUGGGAUGUAAAAUGAAUGAAUGUGGAUGAUUUUUGUAUGAUGUAGAUGACUGUUCUGUAUUUAAGAGAGAAUGUUUUUAAGGGUUUUACUGGAAAUUAAUUAAAAUAUUAAUUAUUUUAUGUAUCAAGUCACGUUCAGUUUGUAAAUUUGUUUUAUAGUAAUUAUUUUUAUCAUGUUACAGUAGUAUUUUGGCAGUCUUCUUUUUCAAGUAUUUUUUUUUUUCUGUUUUCUUUUGUUUUAUUAUUAGAUACCAAAUAGCAAAGACAUGAUUUGCUGUGCAGAUGGCCUUACCAAAAAACAAUAUAUAUAUAUAUAUAUAUUAUAUGUGAUUAUUACUGUGAAGCUGCUUUGAAACAAUCUCUAUUGUAUAACACAGAAGCUCUUGUCAAUGACUUGGCCAUUUACAAUACAGAUAUUGCUGUUUAUAAUCAUGUUUUUGUACACAAACAUGGAAUUUAAAAGACCCUUAAAAGAAAAUAAGCUCUCAGUAAUGUUACAUUGGUGCUUUUGUUCAUCACAGACUGAGAUAAAGUCUAAAUAAAGUCUUGCCUCAGAAUCUUU